CUCGGGGGAGAGAGAGAAAGAGAGAGAGAGAGAGAGAGGAAGAGAGAGAGGAAGAGCCUAGGAAGCGCAAGGAAGCAGUCCGGGCGCAGCAGGCGGCCAAGGGGGGAAAGGACCGGCUUCUCCUGCCCCUCCCGCCAUGGAGGCCGUCCUGCUGGAGCACUUCCCCUCCGGCCUGGACGCCUUCUCCUCGGAGCCUUACUUCGACGACGAGGACUUCUUCACAGACCACUCUUUGGACGGCGACGAGCUCUUGGAAGGCGAGGCGGGCUUCUCUGAGGCGCCCUUCCACGCCUGCUUCCGAGGGGUUUCCGAGGGCGCUUCCGAGGGCUUCUCUCCUUCCUCGCCGCCCCUCCUGCCUAACUUCGAGGGCUAUUCUCCCGGAGGUGGCGGCCUGAAGGCGCUCAAUGCGGCGUCGCGGCGUCGGAGGAGAGUGCGUUCCGAGGCGGAGCUGGCCCAGCUGCGCCAGGCGGCCAACGUGCGGGAGCGGAGGCGGAUGCAGUCGCUGAACGACGCCUUCGAGGGCCUGCGCGCCCACAUCCCCACGCUGCCUUACGAGAAGCGCCUCUCCAAAGUGGACACGCUGCGCCUCGCCAUCGGGUACAUCCACUUCCUCAGCGAGCUGCUCCACGCCGAGGCGCCCCUCCGAGGACACGGCGCCGGGACCAGCCCCUGCCCGCCCAGGAAGGUCAUCAUCUGCCACCGAGGAACCCGAUCCCCUUCCCCAAGUGACCCUGACUAUGGACUUCCUCCCUUGGCUGGCCAUUCACUCUCAUGGACUGAUGAGAAGCAGCUCAAGGAACAAAACAUUAUCCGAACUGCCAAAGUGUGGACCCCAGAAGACCCCAGGAAGUUAAGCAACAAGCCUUCCCUCAACAACAUUGAGAAUGAGCCACCCUUUGACUUCAUAUCAUGAAACCUGAAUGUUAUUGGAAUGUAAAUAGCAAGUCUUUCUACUAGUGUACAUUUGUAUUUAAAGACCAUAUUUUCCAAGAGGUGCUUUUGAAUGAAAAAAACGAAGACUUAUUCUAAUGGCAAUCAACUUUUUUAUUUAUCUAUUUAUUGCUUA